AUGUUGUUGAAAAAUGGUCAUCUUAAAGAGUUUCUAAGUAGCUGGGCUAAGAGCAAUUACGAUAUGAGUCAAGAUGCAGCGGAACCGGCAAAGCCAACUACAUGGUCUCCCCCUCUUACAAUAAACAUGAUUUUUGGUGGGGUUAAAGUUAAUAUGAUGAUAUUUUCGGCUACAAAGAAGAUGAAGAUAUCAGUCACUCAUGGAAAGAGGAUCCAGGAAGCGCCAAAAGAUGAUGAAAUCACCUUUACUGAGGAAGAUGUUGGUGGCCUUAUUUUACUACACAAUAAUACUUUGGUAAUAUCUGUAAAUGUUUUAGACUUUAAAAUUAAGCGUGUGUUGGUUGAUCCAGGUAGUUCAACUAAUAUUAUUCAAUUAAGAGUCUUGGAACAAGCAAAGAUGAUUGAAUGCAUAGUUCUGGCAAUAAAGCUUUUGUCUGGGUUCAACCUAACAAGUGUGACGACCCGACGGGAGAUCGUGUUGCCUACAUAUGCUGAAGGGGUGACAAAAUCCACUUUGUUUGAAGUUGUGAAUGGUGAUAUGACCUAUAAUUCUUGGUAG